AUGGUCAAGGGUCAUGUCUCCCUCUUCUUAGAAGAGCGCCACAUUUUCGCCGAUUCAAUGUAUGGCUUCAGGCCCAAGAAAUCUUCGCAGGACAUACUCCUACAACUACACCACGAAGUACUUAACACCGUAGAACACCCCCACAAUGACAAGAUCAUUCUAGCGCUUGACCUUAAAGGAGCCUUCGAUAACGUUGAGCACGAAGUCAUCUUAGCUCACCUAAGUGCGAGCAGCUGCGGCGAGCGCACCUUCAAAUACACCCGAAACUUUCUUACUGACAAAGCUCCGUGCGUUCGCAUCCAAGAUCAGAAAAACGGCUCCUAUCCCCUGGGCGUGCGAGGCACACCACAUGGCGCUGUGUUGUCGCCUCUGCUGUUCAACUUAGCUAGGGCACAGCUCCCACACCGUUUGGCUGCUGUCGACGGUGUAAAGCAUGCGCUUUAUGCCGAUGACAUCCCUCUGUGGGCUACAAAGGGAUGCCUGGGCAGCAUGGGGGACAGCCUGCAAACCGCAGCCUAUAUAGGGGACGAAUAUGCGGCGUACUGCAGCCUCCUGUGUUCCCCACAGAAGUCUGAAUUCGUGUACCUUCGGCCGUCGGUGAAGUGCACUUCGUCCAUUAACAUUACCCUGCAUAGUGGACCUAUGAUUGAGACACAGGAGAUCCGUGUCCUUGGACUGCACAUUCAACAACGCCUCAGGGUUGAAACAACACUUCACAAGCUGCUUAAGUUUGGAGAACAGGUGGGUCGCAUGGUUCACUGA